GCGCUUCAUUGAGCUCGUCGUUUGCGACACGAUACGCCUGUAGUAAAUGUUAUACUCGCGGUAUUAUAUGAAAUGUGAACAAAUUACCAGUCCAAAAUGCCGCUGCCCGAUCUUCUAAAACGAGCUUCGAGCUACUUCCUCGGCCUGGAGUUCGACGAGAACGAGGAACCACCCGAUUACGUAGACAACGAAAUUUUGUUUUGCAAGAACAACGUAUGUGUUCAUCCGCCGACCAUAGCACGCCACGAAUUGGAUAUUGUUCAUCAUCCGGGAUACUUGACAGUGACCACAAAAGUGUUCACCGAUCAGCACAACAAUUCUAAACGACCUACGCUGUUCCUUAACUGGAUACCGAACUCUACGUUACGAAGAUGCCCUUCAGCCGUCGAAACUAGUCCAAGCGAUGAACUAGGAUGCGGUACAAACAAAACUAAUAAUACCAAAGAAAUAUCAAAGUCACUUAAUGCGAAUCGGACGCCCAAAGUAGACCCGAACAAUGAAAAUGCAUUUUCAGAUUCCUCGGAAACGACUAGUCUAAAUUCCAAUUCUGAUAAGCAAAGUAUUAAAUCGUCUGAUACUAGAUAUACGCAAAAUGAUAAUACGCAGGACGAAUUAUCAUCCAGCUCCAAACCAACAGUGAGGUCUAUUGAGUCUACGAAAGAUGUAUUUAAUAGCUUCGAAAAGGAUGAGACGAAGGACGAUGUAUUUUUAUACGACAGGCAUGUGCGGUCGCAAUCGAUGACAUCUGUGAACAUAACAAUUGCAAAUCCAAAUAUAGAAAAUGUUGACCUAACGCCAGACUCAAUUUCUGGGGACAGGUUCAUUAGAUCCCUUUCGAUGAGUUCAUGUGACGAGGGCAAUCCUAAUUGGAUGAGUACCCCGGAAUUUUUGGCUCUAAAACAUAACUUAGUGUUUCCUGACAGCGUGCAUAGUUCACCAGUGCCGCAGCGAAGGAUUCCUAUAAAAUGCCGCAGAUUUUCAGUGGAUCUAAGUCAGAUGCGCUCCCUGCGUCUCUUCUUCAACGACGACAGCUGCACGUGUGGACAACUGGUGGUGGCGUCCCGAGAAUCUCAGUACAAGAUUUUGCAUUUUCACCACGGUGGUCUAGAUCACCUUGCACAGGUGUUGCAUAGGUGGCACUCGUUACUGCACAAUAUUAAACUGACACCAGGUUCCGAAGAACCUAAUUUACCAUAUCGUCAUUUUAUGGUCUGCCGACCAGAAGUGCAAAAAUCAGAGCAGCACCCCGAAGAAGGGAAGCCUCCUAAAAUUACACCUGAGUUAUUCUAUGGAAGGAUCAUGAACAGUAAAGGUGUCAUAGAAGACGAUCUCUUUUUGAGGAAGUGUGUAUUUUUCGGUGGCUUGGAUAAGGAGUUGAGAAGAGAAGUUUGGCCGUUUCUCUUACACUGCUAUCCAUACAACUCUACUUACGACGAAAGGGAAAUAAUCUUACAGAUAAGAACGAGGGAGUAUGAUGAGAUCACGCGGAGAAGAUUGGAGAAGAUGACGCCCGAACAGCAUGCAGUUUUCUGGAAGACAGUGCAGUGUGUGAUAGAGAAAGACGUAGUCAGAACCGACAGAGGCAACCCGUUUUUCGCGGGCGAUAAUAAUUAUAACAUAGUAGUAAUGAAAAAUAUUCUGCUGAAUUAUGCUGUUUAUAAUCCGGUAUUAGGGUACACCCAGGGAAUGAGCGAUCUUCUAGCGCCCGUUUUAUGUGAGAUUAAGUGCGAGGCGGAGGCUUUCUGGUGCUUUGUGGGACUAAUGCAGAGGGCUAUAUUUGUGUGUACACCGACAGACAACGAUAUGGAUAAUAAUCUCAGUUAUCUAAGAGAGCUGAUUAGGCUGAUGUUACCACAUUUCCAUAAACAUCUUGAGAAACAUGUGGAUGCAAUGGAAUUAUUAUUCUGCCAUCGUUGGAUACUGCUAUGUUUCAAGCGCGAGUUCACAGAAGCGGUCGCUCUACGUAUGUGGGAGGCGUGCUGGGCAAAUUAUCAAACGGAUUACUUUCAUUUGUUCCUUUGCCUCGCUAUAAUUGCCGUGUAUGCUGAUGAUGUUAUAGCACAGGAUCUUAAUACUGACGAAAUGUUGCUUCAUUUCAGUUCUUUAGCCAUGUACAUGGACGGACGCCUGAUUCUUCGUAAGGCUCGUGGCCUUUUACACCAGUUCAGACAGUUGGUGAGGAUCCCUUGCACACUAGUUGGCAUGUGCCAACGUUGCGGACCUGGAAUAUGGGAUUCUACACAUAGGCCGAGUGUAGAAUGCACCGGAGCCCACGACGUCUGCGAAUAUGCUGUUCAGUAAGGCAAAAGUAAGGCAGUUCUAGAAUGAGUGUAUAAACAACUGAUUAUUGUAGUAUUUGUGCUACAAAUUACAUAUGGAAAAAUUAAUAAUAAUAAAACAUCCAAUUAGGCAUCAUUCAAUUAUAAUGGCUUGAAGUUUGGA